CAGGAAUCGUUUAUCACUAAUGGCGAGGAAGGUCCGAGAACAUUUCCCAGAGGAGACCCAACAUGGCAGAACCGUCGGGAAACAACAAAGCCGCGGACAGAGGCAGAGGAAUCGUGAUCCCUGACGACUGGCCAGGGUACCGCCUGGACCUUUUCACCUAUCCAGCACAUUACUCAGAGGAUCUGGACAGCGUCUAUAUUCCACAUGGUGUCAUCAUGGACAGGACGGAGAGGCUGGCCAGGAACAUCAUGGAUGAUCUGGGAGACCAUGACAUUGUGGUUCUCUGCGUAUUGAAAGGAGGUUAUCAGUUCUGUGCUGACCUUGUGGAACGAAUCAAAGUCCUGAGCUGCAACUCCAGCAAGUCUCUCCUCAUGAGGGUGGACUUUAUACGCCUGAAGAGCUACCUGAAUGACCAGUCAACACAAGAUCUCCAAAUAAUAGGAGCCGAGAGUCUGUCUGUGCUGAGCGGAAAGAACGUCCUGAUCGUGGAGGCUAUAGUGGACACAGGUUUAACGAUGAAGACUCUGCUGACCCAUGUCCGAUCCUUCAGGCCCAACAUGAUCAGAGUGGCAGGUUUGCUGGUCAAAAGGGUUCCGAACAGCUCGGGCUGUCUGCCGGACUAUGUGGGAUUUGAGAUCCCAAACCGGUUUGUGGUCGGCUACGCUUUGGAUUACAAUGAAUACUUCAGAGAUCUGAAUCAUAUCUGUGUGAUCAGUGAGAGCGGGAAGCAGAAGUACAAGGUUUGAAGUGGAACCUAAUGUCCUCCCUGCAGGCUUGUUGGAGCCGUGGAGGAUCUGUACAGAUCACACAGGGCGCAAAGAGGAGCUUCGAUGUUCAAAAUAAGCAGAAAAGCCUUCUCUGCCUGCCUCCGUCUAAAGUGUGCCUGGUGGACUGAGCAAGGAGAGCUCCAUGCAUUAUAGGGUGCAGCUGUUAACAUCUUAAACUAGCUAGAACAUCCAUCCACUAGGCUUUGGACUUGAUGAUAGAAAGCUUGAUGAUAAUACUGUUUUAUUCCUUUAUUCACAAACAGUUCAAAAAUUCGUACAGUCUGUGAAAUGCAAAAGAAAAUAGAAAGCAGUUAUUUGUCCACUUUGACCUGUAUUUAUAGGAAGACAGGACAAAGCAGUGAUGGACAGUAACUAAAUAAAAAAAAUGUCUAAU